AAAGGAUGGAUGUGACAACGCAUUUGAACCCAAGUUUCGUACGACGGCCAUCCCAGUUAGGUAGCCAGAGAUGGUAGAAUCAACGGGACCUUCCACUCGUAGUCUGACUAGCCACGACGACCGUGGGGGCGGGGCACACCUGGGCAUCAUGAGGCCAAAGAGAACGAAGACGCCCCCAUGCGGGAGCCGGAAAGGUAUGCUCCGAAGAGCUCCAGUCAUCACAUGGGUCUCGGAGCAUUUUGGCUACAUAAAAAUCCAAAUACUUUAUAACGUCGAAGCUCAGGUCCGUCGUGAUUUUCGAGCAAGCCGGCAAAACUAGCAUUCGUAAUGGAACACACACUGCCUGACGACACUGUUCUUAUUGCAGGUGGAGGACCUGUUGGACUCAUCCUGGCGACAGUCUUGUCGUUCUAUGGUGUUAAGUCACUUUUGCUGGAGAGGAACGAUACGACAACAAAAUGGCCAAAGAUGGACUUAACCAAUUGCCGGUCUAUGGAAUGGUUUCGAAAGCUCGGCUUAGCUGAGCUUAUUAGGAGCAAAGGCGUCUCCUCCGAAAUACCUUAUACUGUCUUGGUAUCCAGUGGUUUGGAUAAAACAGAGGCUCUUACGAGCUGGAAACUCCCUGGAGUGGACCAAUGGCGGAAGAUUAUUGAAGAGAAAAACGAUGGCACUCAGCCACUAGAGCCGUAUCAAAGACUUUCGCAGGCACUAUUCGAGAAAAUCAUGAAAGAGCGCUGCGACAAUGACCCCGCUGUAGAUGUGCGAUUCGGAUGGAAGGUUGAAGGGGUCGAGGAAUUAGAAGACGGCGUCAAGACUACGGUCACAGAGGUUUCCACAGAAAAGCGGCAUAUCUUCAAGUCGAGAUACGUUGGUGCCUGCGAUGGAGCAUCUAGCAAGGUUCGGCGUAGCUUGAAAAUGCCACUAGAUGGCGGACCAAUCCCUGGCUAUGUGCUCCUGGUGCAUUUCAAAUCCAAGGAUCUCGCGCGUAUUCGUAAACAGGGCCAAUUCUGGCAUUUAUUCGUCCUCCAAGCCGAGGCCGGUGGAUUUGGCGGAGCUUGCAUUGCCCAGGAUGAGGUUGAUACGUGGACAGUGCAUUUGAAUUUCCCUCUGGAUGUUAGCUCUGACGGUGUCGGAUCAGAAGAAGCCGUAUACAAGGUCUUCGGUGGUCUCGGUGGGCUGUAUGAGAUCAAAAUCGACGAGAUCCUUGUACGGUCGACAUACCGCCCACAUAUUGCUGUCGCGCGAAAGUACGCCAGCCCGCUUAGGCGAGUUUUCCUGGCGGGAGAUGCGGCACAUCAAAACAUACCGACUGGCGGCUAUGGCAUGAACAUGGGAAUAGCGGACGCGGUCGAUCUAGGAUGGAAGCUAGCCAUGGUGAUGAACGGUACCGGGAAAUCGGGACUAUUGCAGGCGUACGAGGAGGACCGACGACCAGUCGCGCUGAUGAGCGUUGAGCGGUCAGGUGUACACCUCGGUGUGCAUAUCAAAGUGGGCGAAAUUCUCGGCGCCGACCCGCAUAUCAUCGACUCCAACACCGAAGAAGGACGACAGAAACGGACGGCGUUAGAUGAGCACUACCAGGCGCAUGAUAACGAGAACAAGGACUUUGGAGUUGAGAUGGGAUAUCGAUACCAAUCGGGCAUCUGCAUUCCCGACGAGUCGACACCGGCGCCAGAAUUCGACCCCACGGCGUACCACCCCAGUACCUGGCCGGGCGUGCGUGCUCCCCAUGUCUUCCUGAAGGACGGGUUCCCUAUCUUCGACCUCUAUGGCAAGUACUUUACUUUGGUGGAGUUUGCCGACGGCAGCGAGCGGGGAUCAGGCCAUGUCUUGCAAGCGGCCGAGGCGGCGUCGACUCCAGUGAAGCAUGUCAAGCUGGACGGGGAAGAUCAUGCAUACGGUGUCUGGGGCGCUCGGCUGGUGCUCCUACGUCCAGACGGGCAUGUGUCAUGGAGAGGCGACGCUGUUGCAGACCUGGAUGCUGCAAAGACGAUCGUGGGCGUCGUUACAGGGGCAGUGCAAGGCGUCGACAAGCUGUCGAAUGAGGACCGCCAGCCCGAGGCCUUCACGUCGACAGUGGGGAUGAAGACGCAGGACAGCGAGUUCGAAUUCGAGAAAAUUGGCGACAUGCAGAAGUAGAAU